CCCGGCAUCAAGUGUGUUGCGUUCUAGCAAUGAAAACAAGGGUCUAGGUCGCGGGGAAUUGUAAACAGGACCGAGUGUCACGGUCUCGCAAACGCAGGUAGAAGACCCUUUUGUGUCUCUUUGUUUCUUCCCCCUUCUAUAUGAUGGUUUUCCCACAUGAAACAUUUGCACGCUUUCUGCAGGAUGAAGUGGUUGCCUCCUGUGUGGAACACAACUACUAACGAAAAUGGAAUGUAAUAUGUACUAUUCUAGCCGAAAAUAGUGCGGGAUGCGAGAGAACACACCACGAACAUUCUGGAGGUGUGUGGAUGAUGUGCCGAUCUUCCCUACCGUAAACAGAAUGGGAUAAAACGUCAAUGAGAUACUGUGAGUUCUGUGCUGCGUUAGCGGAGGGAUAGCAGUUUGCUACUAAACACUCUAGUGAAGAAGAAGCAAAUUUUAUUCUGAGAAGAAAAAAAAUGUUAGUCGAAGUGCGUAUGGCAUGUUUGUGAGAUAAAAUUCUGUGCAAAUUUAUCGAGUGCAUGUUUAAUAUUUGUCAGUGCUGGUAUAGUGAUAGUAUCUAGAGUAAUCAAACGCCCGGUUCUAGCAUUUAUCCCGUGGGAUUACGCGACUGAAAGCAUCCAAAAUGUUUGUCUCAAUUAAGUCCUCUUGUGUCAAUCCGAAAAACCUGUUUUGCUUUGUGUGCGGCUGCUACACACCGUCCCAUCAUAAGAGAUCAAUCAUGACCAUUCCCAUCAUGGAAGCAUACGAGGCAUACUUCACCACCCGCACCCUGAAAGAAGAUUAUGUCCAUGGGCCAGCAUCGGUGUGCAACGAUUGCAAUCAGGGUUUGCUGCGGUGGAAAUCCGGUCAAUAUCCUAAACCUCCACUUCCCUUCUCGACGCCUAUGAUAUGGAAGGCACCGAGCAAUCACAUCAACGAUUGCUAUUUUUGCAUAACGAAGAUGAUAGGCGAUGGAAAGAAGAAGUUCGCCCAUUAUCCGGACAGCAUCCCAUCGGCGAGAAGACCAACUCCGUGUGAUGUAGACUCUUCCGCUGGAGCGAUUACUCCAACGAAUACAUCCCCCACAAACAUGCCGAUAGUGGUGAAAAAACCAGAUCGCCAGAAGAUACCAGCAUCUUCCAACUGGACAGUGAGUGUAAAGAAGGUAAAGAUAGACGCCGCCUCACAGUUGAAACAGCAUAUUCCCUCAACUUUAUUGGAACCACAAAAACAACUGACGCAGCAGAUGCAACAGCCAAUAUUCGAAACCUCAAAACCCCCACCACCUCGUCCACCUGCGAGCGUGAAGCAACAACGUCAACUAAAGGUGAAAUCCGAUGCACAACUAAAGAAUUUAUGUCCGCCCAAUGUUGUGCAAAUGAUCCAACAGCAUCAAAAACAACCGAACCAUCACCAUCAUCAAUUGCAGCAUCAGCAACAUUUGAAUCAUAACGACAAAAUUGCAAUGCUGGAUAAACGAUCUCAGCUGGAGCCGCAGAUACCAUUCUAUACCCUUCUUCAGAACGAACCGAUUACUAUCGAAAUCGAUGACGAUGAACCCGAAGAAACGACGAACAAAACCAUCGAACGGAGUCCAGCGUCAGUCCUGACAAGUCGCGCUUCCAACAAAAAUGGAACACCGUCUUAUGCUCAAUCUCAAACUAAAACCCCGAUGGCGGUAUCGGUACCGUCAAUAUCCCCGAAUGUGGUGUCCAGUACGAGCACCAUAUCCAACAGGCCCCACUUUUUGAACAACGGCGACCUCAUAUCACUGAUCCACGAUCUCCAGCUGCCAAACGACAAAGCAGCUCUGCUGAUCGGCCGAUUACGAUCGUGGAACUUGCUCGACUGCCAUGCUCUGCUCGAUGUGCCCAGCAACAAAAGUCCUGAGUUUAGAACACGUUCAAUCAAAAGUUCCUCGUUGCUGCAUUCAAUCAAUUCCGCCAAACGGAAGCACCAGGAAAUGUGCUAAACUUGUACCGGUUAAAGGUUGAGAGAGUGAAAGAAACGUAACUCCUAUUUUGUAAAACAUAGCGGUCAACAAUGACUACUUACACUCAUCAAUGUGAAGAUUUGAUAGUAUUAUAAUUAAUAUGUCUCUAGGUACUUAUUUUAUUGUUUAGUGUUUAUGUUUACGUAUUGUGCCAUUGACUGCUAGGGAGGCAUAUGUGAAUGGAACUAAAUAAAAGCCGAAUCAUUCCAGAGUAUAUCUUCCUUG